UCACGCUCUUUCGCGCCACCCGGUGUUGCAGGUACAGCUUGUACGCCAACCGCGUGCGGAUGAACAAGUGGCGCCGCCAGCAGCAGGUGUCGGACGACCUGGGUCGCCUGAAGGAGUACGCCGACCAGUUCUACGACGUGUACGGCGCCAGCGAGGAGGACCGCUCUCACGCCGACAGGAUGCUGCAGCAGGAGAAGGACAUGCACCACGUCAUCGAGCCGCCGGGUGUCGAUCACAGGAUCAAACGUGGUACCCUGACGGAGCUCCGGGUGCAAAUAAGCGCGGCAGAUUCAUUUACGCCCCACAUCUCGAGCCAGACCUGGCUGCGAUUCCUGAACCACAUCCUGCGGCCUCACAAGUUCGUGGCUGAAGACUGCAUCCUGGUCGAUGACAUUGGCCUCAGUCAAACGAUGAACGAACUCUUCAAAAACUUCAGCUCCCUCCCAUGGAUGGACGUGCAGUCUCGCAAGGAAGCCGUCGCCAUUGUUGAGGCAACGGAGUUUGAGGGAUGGAAGCCCCACCUUGGAGACAACCGCGACGAUGCAGACACUCAGGAAAAGCUGCAAGCAACGAGCUCAAGCGACGCAGGGAGCAGCGUCUGGGAGACAUUGCAGGCCAGCACCACAGAGGCGAACGAAACCGCACCCGUCGGAGACCGAAGAUCUGACGUGCGUCUGGCAUCACCCAUGGCGCCGUUGCCACGAAUCGGUGAGCGAGAGAAGACGCACGCGUCCUCUCGCCCGUCUGUCGUUCGGAGCUGGAUCGACUCGGCGAUCAGCUAUAAGCGCCAGUUUCCCAAGUGGCCUCUGGAGGACUCCCUGCUUCACCGGCACCUGUCGUACACCACGCUGGUACAGUACGACUACUGGUGGAACUCCGUCUUCCUCCAGAUGGGAGCGCUCGCCGAACCGCUCUUCUACCUGGACGGCCCGCCAUCAGCCAACUAUGGAGGUCUCGGCGUCGUGGUCGCCAGGCACCUCUUCAAGGCGUUCGACUACAUGGUGAGUCGAUGUAAACACAAACCGUUUAGCUUGUCCCUUCACAAAUACAUGUCAAAUAAAUCGCUGCUGCAUUGUUUUCGGUGGCUGUCAUAUUGUAUUAUCGCAAAGAAUGAAAAACCAAUACGGGAUUCUUUGUAUCCUCGUAUCACACUGACGAACACAGAGGUCGAAUGCAGCCGACAGAAAACGCUUGUCGAGUACUAACACGUAAAUACACUUUAAAAAAACGUAAC